AUGACAACAGGUAUGUCAGUACAUCGUUAUAUUGGUGUGUGCCUACCGUUCAAAGCGUCCUUUCUGCUCGAAACAAAGCGCGUUCGUAUUUUCAUUAUAUCACUUCUCGUCUUCUCACUGCUGUUCAAUACGACUCGAUUUUUUGAGGUUCGCGUUGUAAAUAAUUGCUUUCGAAGGAACAUAAAUGCCUAUAUACCAGUGCUGAGUCCAUCUGAUCUACGACUGAACGCCACCUAUCGACUGAUUUUCUUUGGAUGGGCCUACACAAUUCUGAUGUUUAUCGUGCCAUUCUCCAUACUCAUCAUCUUGAACUCACAGGUGCUGUUUGCGGUACGUCGUUCGAAUCGUCUGCAUAAUCGCGGUUCUCAAGACGAAGGAACGAAACGUGCCGAUCGAAAAGAGCGACAGACAUCUAUAAUGCUCGUCGCAAUAGUGCUUGUCUUCCUAUCGUGCAAUACACUAGCGUUCGUCGUGAACAUUCUCGAGAAUGUUGGCUACGAAAACGAGAUUUAUGUAUCACUUGUCACUUACAAUAACUUCCUCGUGAUUGUGAAUGCAUCGUGCAACAUAGCGAUUUACAUGCUUUUCUCAGACAAAUAUCGUUUAUUGCUGAGGCAUUAUUUGUUGUGCGACUGGUCUCGUGAAGGGGAAAUGCUUCUGAGUGUGACGUAUGCGUGA